AUGCAAAUCCAAUUGCUACGACACCUUCAUUUGCUAAAAUGUAUCGUCAGUGUACUUUUUUUCCUGUUACAUGUUCAUUGCUUUGUACAUGUAACUGCCCAAUCUUCUACAACCCUCAAAUCUUAUCACGGAGGCGACGCAACUCUUCUUCGCACUAUUCAGGAUGAGAUUAACAUUCUAAAACUGGAACACUCUUCAACUCUACAUCAACUCUCAUCAACAUUGAAUCAACUGUCAUCUACUCUGUCACAAAUUGCCGAUUUACAACACGGACAGAACGUACUGCGGGAGGAGCUGAAGAAGGAACGUAACUUCCGCCUCCGACUGGAAUCUCAGAAUUGUGUAUGUAACAGUUCUUCACAAAACAGUAGUGAGCUUCCUGAUUCCAGUAUACAGCAAGUAAAAGAAACGAUAACAUUUAAUCUGGAACUGGAUAUGAAAGAACAGAAAGAAAUCAUUAUGGGUGAAAUAUCCAGCUUGAAAGCUAAGACUGGGACCAUGGCAAUGACAAUUUCUGGUUUGGUGUCCUCAGUUUCAGAUAUCCAGAAGCAGAUCUAUUUUUCUGCAGGAACAGUUCGGGACGUUAACAAACAAUGGAGGCCACAAGAGAAAAUUGUAUUUCCACACGUGACAAGUAAUGUUGGGGGAGGAUAUGAUGCAGAUUCCAGUUUGUUUACCGUACCACAAAAUGGCGUCUAUGUGUUAUAUUGUUCCCUAGCCACGCAUUCCAACGGAAUGAUUGCUAAGAUGGUAAAAAAUGGCAACCCUCUUCUUGGAAUUGCAGCUUCUGCAAUUGAUGGUCAAGUUGAUACAGGGAAUAAUUUAGUUGUGAUACACGUUCAGCAAGGAGACAGGGUGUGGAUACAACAUCACAUGGGAGCGUUUAUGUGGACAAUGGAUGAUGCUCCUCUGUCAACAUUUUCAGGAUUUCUUCUUCACUAA